AUGGAAAAGUCAAGAGAUCUAUUCAAGAAAAUUGGAGAUCGAAAAGUUACCUUUCAUGCAAAAUUGGGUGUGAUAAAAGACAAAAAUGGCAGGGACUUAACAGAAGAAGUUCAGAUAAAGAAGAGAUGGCAUGAAUACACUGAAGAUCUAUACAGGAAGGAUUUUAACAGCAUUGAUGACCUCAAUAGUUGGUCCAAUGAGCUGGAACCAGAAAUCUUUGAGAGCGAAGUGAGAUUGGCCCUAGGAUGCCUUGCAGAUAACAAAGCUGCAGGAGUUGAUGAAAUCCCAAUUGAACUAAUCAAAAUUCUGCAACUGAUGCGUUGA